AUGAAAACUUUGGCCAUCGCUGUCGCCCUCGUGGCGUUUAUCGCUGUCAGUGUGAGCGGUGAUCCUGAAGCUGAUCCUGUAGCUGAGGCUGAGGCCGAGGCUGAUCCUUCCCGCUUCGGAUACGGCUAUGGCGGCUAUGGGCACGUGUCCCACAGGCCCGUGUACAGCAGCUACGGUUACGGACGCUGGAAGAGGAGUGCUGAGGCUGAGCCUGGAUUCAGCUUCGGUCGCAGCUUUGGAGGUCACGGCCACUUCAGAAGCUACGGCGGAAGCUUUGGGGGCCAUGGUCGUUUCUACGGUUAAAGGAUUCUUUUUUAGUCAAUAUGAAUAAAACUGAGCAAUUCUA